AUGGUUCUGUCAACAGUAUCAUUAUUGUGCCUACUUGCCGCUGAGGUAUCCUACACCGUCUCCUACGACACCACCUACGACAACAGCGGCCAAUCGCUCGACACGGUCUCCUGCUCGGACGGGCCGAACGGCAUCCUCAGCAGGUACCCGUCCCUCUCGACCUUCGGGUCCCUCCCGGACUUCCCGUACAUCGGGGGCGCCGCGGCGGUCGCGGGGUGGAAUUCGCCGCAGUGCGGGACGUGUUGGCAGCUGACGUACAAUGAGAAGACCAUCACGGUGCUCGCGAUCGACCAUGCGGAGGAGGGGUUCAAUAUCUCGUUGGAGGCGAUGAAUGCAUUGACGGAUAACCAGGCGGAGUUCCUUGGUCGGGUGGAUGCGACUGUAAACCAGGUGGAUGUCUCGCAGUGCGGGUUGUGA